AUUCCUUCAAACCAGUUCCAACAAUAACAGCAACUCCUGCGUGCAACUGCCUCAUUAGAGAGAUGUAUUUUUCCUUUUUCCACUGAGAGAUGAAGCUUCCAAAUCCUUGUGAUGUGAGCAGGUGAGGAUGUCUGCUGACAAGUCCAAAUGAUAUUUUCAGGUGUUCUACUGAUCUUGGCACUGACAGAAGAGCUGGUGUUUUCUGUUCAGGUACUGUCUCCCACUGUCUCCUCCUCUCAGGGCUUCCCGAUGAACACUACAACUAUCACAGCCAUGGGAACAACACCUCACCACAAAGACCACCACACGGCAGAGCCCCUUCCCACAUCUGCUCAAGCCAUGUCCCACCCCAUCAGCCUGGUGGAGAAAGCCCCUUCUACCGGGCAAGAGCAAGAGAGUGGCCCUCGCAUCGGCGAGAAGGAAACUUACCAUUUGUACAACCAGAGUGCUUUGUACUCAGGACAGUCUCGCCCCAAGGGGAAAAUAUUCCAGGUUUUCAAAGGCAACUUCUCAGAGUCGACAGAGCCUUACCUAAAGACGACCCUGCACUCUCCCUUCCCUACCCUGAGGAGCCCUUUCACAGACCACCCGUUUCAGUCCCAGACCACAGCAUCCAGUGAUCCAAAUGGAAUGGGGCUGGCAAGAACUACACACUCAGACCCUUCUCCCCACCGCAACACCUCGGGAAGCCUUAGGGAAGCAGAGCGAGGGGAUGGGACCGAGGUAGUAGUGCAGGAGGCAGAUUUUGCCACCACAACUGCUGGACCAUCAACUGAUCCUGAAGCAGUGUCGGUGCCUUUUAAACCCACCCACUAUGGCAUGUGGGAUAUGCUGAGCAAAAACAACUCUUGGGUAACCUUGAAUCUCAGUACAAAUGUCCCUCUGUUUGCUGGCUCUGGAUCUGCUACAGCAGCAUCUGGUCACUCAGUUCAGACCAGUUUUGACGUCAGCAUCUCGUCCCCGUCAGCGGGAGACCCCGAGGGACUCACUCCGACGCAGCACAGCGCGGUGACCAAUGCCACGUCGCCGGGCAGUGCUCUCUCCUCAGUGCCUGCCACCAGGUUGUCCAGCUCCACCUCCACAGCUGGCUCCACCGCCACUGGGAACUUCCUGAACAGACUGGUUCCUGCCGGGACCUGGAAACCAGGUGUGCAAGGAAACAUCUCCCAUGUCACCGAGGGGGACAAACCCCAGCACAGAGCAACCAUCUGUCUCAGCAAGAUGGACAUUGCCUGGAUAAUUCUGGCUAUCAGCGUCCCUAUAUCCUCAUGUUCAGUUCUGCUGACAGUCUGCUGCAUGAGAAGGAAGAAGAAGACAUCUAACCCAGAGAACAACCUGAGCUACUGGAAUAAUGCUAUUACCAUGGACUACUUCAACAGGCAUGCUGUAGAGUUACCAAGAGAGAUCCAGUCAUUGGAGACUUCAGAGGACCACCUGUCCGAGCCGCGCUCCCCGGCCAACGGCGACUACCGCGACAGCGGGAUGGUCCUGGUGAAUCCCUUCUGUCAGGAAACACUCUUUGUGGGACAUGAGCAAGUCUCUGAAAUAUGACCCCACAGCUGCCCCCGUACUGCAGUUUCAUCUCUACUGUCUCCAAAUUAUAAAUAAAUAUAUAUAUAUUAUAAAUAUAACCUUUGUGUAACCCUGAACUACGAGAAAUGUUUUCAGCUUUUCUUUUGUCCCUCAGAAUUGUCAGCCCCUUUUUUAUAAGUGUGGUAAAACUUUACAGAACAAACUGUGGCUUUAUAAAAUAAAGGUAUUUCUAAGCAAAA